AUGGAUGGGGAGGAAGGGUUUCAGCUUGUACCGACAGCCUUUACUGUUGAGGCUUCUAGAAAGGCACUUGCUGAAAUGGUUAUAAUAGAUGAGUUGCCUUUUAGGUUUGUUGAAGGGUAUGGGUUUCAAAGAUAUGCAACAACCUUACAACCUAAGUUGCGAAUUAGGGAUAUCCCAUCUCGUCAAACUAUAGCUAGGGAUGUGAUUAGCAUUUAUGGUGUUAAGAGAGAGAAACUAAGGGGGGCUUUGAAGGGUCGUAAGGUGUGUCUUACUACAGACACAUGGACGAGUAUUCAAAAUCUGUGUUAUAUGUCCCUUACAAGUCAUUUUAUUGAUGAUGAUUGGAAGUUACAUAAGAGAAUUUUGAAUUUUUGUCAAGUUGAAGACCAUAAGGGAGAGACCAUAGGUAGAAAGAUUGAGUUGUGUUUGCGUGAGUGGGGUAUUAAUGGCAUAUUCACUUUAACAGUGGACAAUGCUAGCUCAAAUGGUGCCACUAUUAAGUUUUUGGAGAAUGUAAUUAAAGAUUGGGAGGGGACUGUUUUAGAACAUGAGUUCUUACACAUGAGGUGUUGUGCACAUAUUCUAAAUUUGAUUGUGGGGAAUGGUAUGAGAGAAAUUGAUGCAUCCAUUGCAAAGGUGCGUGAAGCUGUGAGGUAUGUGAAGUCCUCACCAAAUAGGAAUCAAACUUUUGUGGGUUUUGUGGAGAGAUUAGGUAUUGAGUCUAAGUCUCUUCUUUGUCUAGAUGUACCAACUAGGUGGAACUCUACCUACCUCAUGUUAGAAACCGCACAAAAAUUUGAAAAAGUGUUCAUACGUAUGGACUUUGAGGAUGAUAGUUAUUGUUCAUACUUUAUGAACAAGGAGAAUAGUGGUGGUAUGGGAUCUCCUAGUAGUAUUGAUUUUCAAAAUUGUAGGAUAUUUGUGGGGUUUUUGAAGCUUUUUUACAAUGCCACAAAAAAGUUUUCAGGUUCUUUGUAUGUUACUGCCAACACCUUUUUUGAUGAGAUGUUUGUCAUUCAAGAGAAUAUUUCCAAUUUAAGUAAAUCACAAAACCACCUCUUGAAAAACAUGGCAACUAAAAUGGAAUCUAAGUUUGAUAAGUAUUGGGGGAAAGGGGAUAAAAUGAAUCAUCUCUUGUAUGUGGCUGUGAUUCUUGAUCCAAGAAAGAAGUUGAGGUUUUUGAAAUUCUGUUUUUCUGAAAUUUAUGGAAAUGAAGUGGCUGAUGUGAUGGUUGAAUUGGUGAGGGGUGCCUUGGUCAAGUUGUAUGAUUUUUAUUCUCGUUUUGAUUCAUCAAAUGUACAAGUAGCAAGUGAGAGGGAGAGGACACACAUAGAAGGUUUGAUCGGUUUUUGGAGGCUGAGCAGUCCAUAG